GCUUUACAUAAAACACACACCAUUUCCAAACUUUAAGGCUAGAAAAUGCCUUCAUCAACCAAGAAGGAUAAGAGUAGGACUUUCAUGGUAGGAAGCAGUGAUUCAGAGACAGACAAUGAGGAUCUAGCCCUCAUACACUUGGUACUCAGAAAGCUGACUAUUAAAGAUCAAACUUUGCUGCACCGUCAUUUCGAAAAAAUACCCGAUGCUUUUAGUUCCCUUUGGCGAGAUCAACACGAACGUCUGGACUUGGGACAAAUGCAGUGGAAACUUCAUGGAUCAAACCUGCUUAUGUUUCUGCAGGACAUGUGCACCGAGUUUCGAAGCGUCCAUUUGCGCAGUGAGCAGCUACAGGAGGAGCUGAACAUCCUGGAACAGGCGGGCAUUGAACGACUGGUCCACGUGACGGACUGCGAGAUUUCCUGGAAUCAUUCGCUGAGCAAUAGGAAUAAAAACAUACCCCAAUGGCCAUUUCAUGCCCUACCCAAACUCUUGAGCAACUUGAUUCAUCUUGAGAUAUUUGCUUCCGUUCAGGCCUGCUUUAUUGAUCGUUUUAAGAAACUGGAGUCCCUAAAAAUUUACGAAGAGAUUUCCAGUCCAGCUUUAGAAGCUAUUUUAUCAAGUGACAUGCCAUUAAUGCAAUUACACUUACUAGGAAAUCCCAGCCACCAACUGCUGGGAAUCUCGAAUUGCAAGCUGUUGAGAAAUCUGUUGGUCAAUCUUCAAACUUUCAUAUCCAAUUCGAGUGAUAUUUUCCAACUGCCAGAGCUCUUAGUUCUAAGGCUCACUCAGCUCGAGGAACUAGAACUUAAGGCCACUGUAAAAGCCUUAUCCAGAGUGAUUCAACAAAAAGGCAGUCAGCUUAAAAGUUUUCAACUUAACUGCAACUUCAUGGCUCAUGCCAAGUAUCUAACGCAGAUGAAACUAAAUCAUUGCCUUUGCUUGGAUGAGCUGGAGUUGGUUGAUUGCAAAUUUGAAAAUCAAGACAUGAGCAAGCUUUGCCUGCCCGUUUCUCAGAGCUACACUAUGUUUUGCUAUUGCCCCGAUCUCAUCGAUGACCAGCUAUUGGAUUUUGUCAAGGCCAGUCCCAAUCUUAAGGAACUAGUGCUCAUCGAGUGCCCAAAUCUGACGGAAGGUCUGCUUCAUAAUGUUGUGAAAGUGCGACGCAGUGGCAAAAAACAGACUCCCUUGUUAAUAAGAGUUAAGGAUUGUCAGAAUAUUUGGGACUCCUAUAAAAGAAAUUUGGCAAGCCUUUGGACCCGAAAACGAUCUGUCGUUAAACUGGAAUGCAUAACCGAAGAUUACGAACCUAUUGACAAUGUCCAGUUUAUCUUUCACGAAUCCCAGCAUAGUCCUAACAUUUUGUAAAAUUACUUUACUGAAGUAAAUAGAUGUUUUCAUCAUUCUUUAUAAAGCUUGAUAGAUAUAUUUA